GAGAGUGUGGGACGAGAGUUUGCGAGUUAGUCAGUCAGUGCUUGACUGGGGAAGACAUGAAACAAUUUUAGUGAGAGAGGAACUUCGCAAAACUUAUUGUGCGCCUCUUUCUGUGGUGUAUAAAUAUAUGUUCAACAUCUUAUCAAUGGCUAGUUCUGGAUUAUUAAACAGAGCGACGGGGGAACGCGCAGACAGCCCGCAACUUUGUAAAAAGUUGAUUUUCUUCAUAAACUCUUCUCUUCCCAGCAUGUUUUUAUUACCGUGCUCCCUGGCUGCCCUGUUGCUGGUCUUAGCACCGCUGUGCUCUGGGCUUAAUUUGGACGUGGAGACACCGACGCUCUUCAGCGGACCUAACGGGAGCUACUUCGGGUUUUCAGUGGAGUUUUAUCUCCCGGGUUCCUCAAGUGUAAGCGUUCUGAUUGGUGCUCCCAAAGCCAACACCAGCCAACCGAAUAUCACCGAGGGCGGAGCUGUGUACUACUGCCCCUGGGCCCGCAACCAAUCAGAUUGCAGGAUCAUAGAGUUCGACACCAAAGGGGACAGAACCACAGUCAUCAUCAACGCCACAGAACAGGCAGAGUUCAAAUCCAAUCAGUGGUUCGGAGCAACUGUGCGCUCCCAUAACGGCACUGUACUGGCCUGCGCCCCGCACUAUCACUGGAGGACCCAGAAGGACGAGGCUGGCUCCGACGCCACAGGGACCUGCUUCCUGUCAGUCGGUAACUUCACAGAGUUUGUGGAGUACGCGCCCUGCCGCUCGGAUCGGAAUGGUUCAGGGGGUCAGGGAUACUGCCAGGGCGGUUUCAGUGCUGAUUUCACCAAGAGGGGGAGGGUCGUCCUUGGCGGACCAGGAAGUUUCUUCUGGCAAGGUCAGCUGAUCUCUGCCACUCAGGAGGAGAUUGUCAAGUCGUAUUUCUCAGAGUACUUCAUCACGCAGGUGGGAGGGGAGAUCCAGACACGGCAGGCUCAUGCGUCGUACGACGACAGCUACCUGGGUUACUCUGUGGCUGUGGGAGAGUUCACUGGAGAUGCAGAUGAAGAUUUUGUAGCCGGGGUGCCAAAGGGAGCUCUGAUAAAUGGUUAUGUGGCUGUACUGAAUGGAACUGACCUGAAAUCCAUAUUCAACUAUUCGGGAGAGCAGAUGGGCUCCUAUUUUGGCUACGCUGUGGCUGUGACUGAUGUCAAUAACGAUGGUCUGGAUGACCUCCUCGUGGGCGCCCCCAUGUUCAUGGUGAGGGGUUCAGACGGGAGGCUUGAGGAGGUGGGGCGCACAUACCUGUACCUGCAGACUGUCCCCCUGGAGCAGGACCCCUCCCCCCAGACACUGACAGGUUCUGAGGUGUUCGGCAGAUUCGGGAGCUCCAUCGCCCCCCUCGGAGACCUGGACCAGGACGGCUUCAACGACGUUGCAGUCAGCUGUCCGUUCGGCGGCGAGGAGCAGCAGGGUCGGGUCUACAUCUAUAACGGCGGGGCCAGGGGGCUCCGGGACACCCCAUCCCAGGUGCUGGUGGGGCAGUGGGCGUCCAGCAGCCUGCCAGCCAGCUUCGGCUAUGCCAUGCGUGGGGGCAAGGACCUCGACGGGAAUGGCUACCCAGAUCUCCUAGUCGGGGCGUUUGGAGUAGACAAGGCAGUUCUAUACAGGGCCCGCCCGAUCGUGAACGCCAGCGCCACGCUCUUCGUGUACCCCGCCAUGAUCAAUCCGGAGGAGAAGGCCUGCUCCAUCAACACCACCAAGAACGGGGUCAACACCAGCGUCCCCGUCUCCUGUGUCACCCUUGGUUUCUGUCUCCACGCGAAUGGGAAGCACCUUUCAGACCGCAUAGAUUUCAACGUGGAGCUGCAGCUGGACCGGCUGAAGCAGAAGGGAGCGGUGAAGCGGGCUCUCUUCCUGCAGUCCAGGCAGCCCAGCCUGCAGCAAACCAUCAGUGUGCAGAACGGGUUGGGAGAGAUCUGCAGGGAGAUGAAGAUCUACCUGAGGGAUGAGUCAGAGUUCAGGGACAAGCUCUCCUCCAUUUAUCUCUCCCUGAACUUCAGUCUGGACCCCCUCGCCCCCGCGGACCGGCACGGCCUGCAGCCCAUCCUCAACUACCAGACCCAGGACCUCAUCGAGCAGAAGGCUCAGAUCCAGCUCGACUGUGGGGAUGACAACAUCUGUGUCCCAGAUCUCAAGCUCACAGUCCACGGGGACAGGAAGGAAGUGCACCUCGGGGAUGACAACUCUCUGACGCUCACCUUCAACGCCUGCAACGAGGGAGAGGGCGGGGCCUAUGAGGCGGAGCUCUACGUGGUUCCGCCCCCAGAAGCCGACUACAGCGGGAUCGUGCGAAACAACGAGAGCUUGUCCCAGCUCGCCUGCAGCUACGAGACUGAGAACCAGACCCGAGUGGUGAUCUGUGACCUGGGGAACCCCAUGCGGUCCGGCACCAGCCUCUGGGGGGGUCUGCGUUUCACUGUGCCGCACCUGAAGGACUCCAAGAGGACCGUGCAGUUCGACUUCCAGAUCAGAAGUAAAAACGAGAUGAAUUCCCGCAGUGAAGUCGCUGCGUACAAGCUGGAAGUCGCAGUGUUGGCAGAGGUCAUCUUCCAGGGGGUGUCCAAGCCGGAGAACGUGGUCUUCCCGCUGGUUAACUGGAAGGCCAGCAAGCGUCCUGUGAUGGAGCAGGACAUCGGGCCGCUGGUCAGGCAUGUGUAUGAGAUGGUGAAUAACGGCCCCAGCUUGAUAAGCCAUGCCGUCCUGGAGCUGAACUGUCCAAUGAAGAUUCAGAGUCACCAGCUGAUGUACCCUGUGGAGGUCUUUACCCACGGACCCCUCAACUGCACCACCAACAACACCAUCAACCCCUUCCAGGUCAAGCUGAACCACUCUCCCACGGAGCAGACCCCCACCCUCACCCCCGGCCCCGAGCACUACAUCCAGAAACGGGACGCCCCGCGGGACGCUCUCUCUGAAAUGGACACGCUGAGCUGCUCCCAGGUGGACUGUCUGAAGCUGCGCUGUGAGGUCGGGCUGCUGGAGAGGGGCACCAGCGCGGUCCUGGAGGUGCGAUCCCGGAUCUGGGCAGAGACCUUCACUCAGAGGAAGUAUCGCCCCUACGUGCUGGAGUGCCAGGCUGCUUACAACGUCCUCAAAAUGCCCUACGAAAUCCUGCCCAGGACGUCCCCUAGUGGAGCAAUACAGGUGAGCACGUCGGUGGUUUGGACCAAACCAGACAACCCGUACGCCGUGCCUCUGUGGAUCAUUAUCCUGGCAGUCCUCGCAGGACUCCUGCUGCUGGCACUGCUCAUCUAUAUAUUAUACAAGCUUGGUUUCUUCAAACGCUCCUUACCCUACGGCACCGCCAUGGAAAAGGCCGAACUCAAGCCCCAGGCUGCGUCCGAGGCCUAAACGGCAGUAGGCCACUAAGACCAAAAAAAAAAAAAAAACCAACAAAAAAUUAAAAUGAAAAAAACAUUGGAGUGAAACACUGCAGCGAGGAGGGAGACCACUGGAACUCAAAGACUGCACUAAACACAGCAAAAAAAAAAAAACCCAAAAGGAAUGUUUUUCAUUUCAUUUUACGAGGGUGGGCAGGAUGGGGAAUACAAGCAAACGAAUGCACGCGACUGGAUUGGAGAUCCGAGACUGAAAUGAAAAUGCAACCUGAUCUGUACAGCGUUGCGUUGCACUCCUCCAGUCAUGUGGAUGGUCAUGGGUGACCAUUGUUUAGUUGGCUUUUUAUGAACUGUUUCUGGCUGACCGUACCGACUGCAAUUUGUGUGUGCUUUUUUUUUUUUUUUUUUUAAUUUGUGUACAUUUUCUUUCAUUUGAUUUCAUCCAUAUAUAUUUUGUGUGUGUGUAUAUGUGAUUUAUUUGGUGCUAGAAUUGGGCUGCCUCCCUCAGUCACUCAAUUCAGGUAAGCCUGGGAAACUUGUCUCUGUAUAACUGUGUAGUGAGCAGCAGUACAGAAACUUGCAUUGCCAAGCAAAACGUAGGGAUCCCUUCCCACUCCUCCUCCAGCCCUGCUUUCCAUUAGCAUUUCCCCAGCGAACUCCCUCCCUCCCUGACAACGCAGUCUUCCUGCCUGGCCUCCAGCAGUCCUGGCCCUGCUCAGAAGUCGCUGAGUGUUGGGACUGGUGCAGAUUUUCCUGCCUUGCUGCAAUUCGGAGACGCUUGUAAAGCCCAGACUGUUCCAAUAGGGUACCCCUGUGCUGUUCCUGCACUGGCUGAUUUGUCUUGUUCUAAAGCCGUGUGGAUUGGACUGAGGAGAGAGAGAGAGAGAGAGAGAGAGAGAGAGAGGACGAGGACGUGUGUGCCUGACGGAGAGCGAAGUGGGGAUCUCUGCUCUUUGUUACAGGACUCCUGGAAUGAACCACUCUGUUGGUUCUGCAGACUGGUGCUCAAAGUGCAAAAACAGGAGCCUGGAUUCAAUCAAAAUUACAGCGCUGCCAAAAUCAUCCUCGGAUUUAGAAUUGAUUUACCAAACCAGUAUCGGAUGAGAACAGAGCAGUGAUUACUGCAUUUGUUUAAUGCUAGCAGCACUGCAUAGUAUGGCAAACGUCAUCUACAGUGCCAUUAUAUAUAUAUAUAUAUAUAUAUAUAUAUAUAUAUAUAUAAACUUGGGGUAAGAAUAGAUAUCGCAGCGCCAUAAACUUUGAUUUAACAAAGGUCACCCUGGAGAGGUGAGGGGUGCGUUUUCAGUCCUGUCCGAACGCCACUGCUAGUAGCUGCAGCUUUUUCUUUUUGUGUUUUUUUUUUCUUUUAAUGAUUUUGUUAGGUUUGAUAUUUAAUUUAAUCUGGGAAGUUUCCAGUACCUAGAUGUACUCGCGGUCGACUCGGAAGACGCUGCUGCUUUUAAAACUGGUCUUGAGAGAAGUAGGUAGCUUUUUGGGGUUACUAGAUUAGAUUGCAGCCUUCUAGUUCUGUAGCCGGACGGUAGAGAAGCCGGGGUACUGGGGAAUCCCUGAACGGUGUUGUAAGUGCAAUAUAUUUUACGUCCGAGACGUCAUUCUAGCUUGGAGUGUGGAGGACUGACCCAGAGGUGGCUUUCAUUCCCGUCUUACAAUGUACAUUUGUAAAGAUGCCAGUCCAGCAACGUUGCCCAUCAUAAUCUCAUCAGAAAACACACGUCACAGUCUGGUGGAAGGAUUGACAAUCAAGGAGAAGUAACUCCUGAUCAUAUCAACACUAAAGUGCCAUGAUAACACUGCAGAACACAAGAACGUUCAUGAACGAGAGGAGGCUGUCCGGCCCAUCGGUGCUCGUGCGGUUACCAGUAGCCAUUAGGUUUAAACUUUUGACGUUGCGCUCGGUGGCCCAUUGCGUACCCUCAAAGCCUUCUGUAUCCUGCAGAGCCCGGUGCUGCUCAAGCUGGAUGUUCAGAAGAGUCUAAUUCUGAGUCUCUGCAAUGAACUGAACUGGGUCAGUCCUCUCACGUUUUAUUUAGGCUUCCUUGGUUUUUCUUCCCCAAGCAAUUUCAAAAGUUGUAAAUAUGUAUUGGUAGAGAAGAAUAUUUGAAGUGUGCCUUUUGAAAAUUCAAUGAAAAAAUGAAUUUCCUCUCCCCAUAUUGGGUGACACAUAUAUAUAUAUUUUAUUUUGUUUUUCCUUUUUUGUUGUAUUUUACUGUUUUUUUAACAAGCAAAUAAAAUUGAUUUUGUACAAAAGCAA